AUGCCAGUAUCACUACGCCAGCGCCUAGAUUGCCACUACUGUGGUAGGAGAUCGAAACUGAGCAAGAAGGAUGGCCGCAAGUUCCAAUGCGAACACUGUCUUGCUGUGAACUUCUUUGACGAGAAUGGCGAGAUUGCAGACGUCCCUGUAGAAGAAUUAGAGCCGGCGCAGCGAUUCGCGCAACCCGUCCGUGUCGAUCCUCUCAAUGAUGGGCCCUCGUCGGCUGAUUUAAUAUUCUGCUCGACGUGUUUGAAGAACCAGCAAUUCUACACCUAUCAUCUCGCUCAAUUCCUCCCUGACCCCGACCAUCCGGACUACGAGAAACUGGAGGCAGAAUUGCCUGCGUACAAGAAAGGACUCGAGGAACGAUACCCCCAAUGUUGUCCACGCUGCGAGCCGAAAGUCCGGGCCAAGCUGCAUCAAGCAACUUAUCAUGCAAGAAGUGAUCAUCUCAGGCGUGUGUUGGAAAAGUCACGACAACGAAGGAUUGGGAGCCGGCUUGGAUGGAGGAGUCUUUUGGUUAGCGCAGCCGGCGUCGGAUACUUUCUCAGCUUCGUUGUGCAAUUGGGAUGGCAUCUCUACGGGUCCCAGAUUGUCGGAAAGUCCUCUGAGCAGGUCCUCAGCCCGCGGGAAUGUUACCAACUUCGCGUCUACUCCUCACAGUGCCUGGAUGCGCUGGAACCGUUCGUUGGACUGUCGCUAGCAGUCAGCCUGCUGUGCAUUUGGUGGAACCCGAAAUGGCAACACAAGCUAUCCAAUCACGACGGAAGUCUGUCUGGCCUGUAUGAGUACUAUCUCAUUCAAAUGGCUCUUUUAGGCUUACGCUUCAUUGCGUGGAUCGUCAUGUUCCAUGUGCCUCUGGACAUUAGAUUUUCAGCUAUUUUACAUGCUUGUUUUGCCGUCGGGAUUGCAAUCAUCGCCGGAUGGUCCUUCCUUGGCAUUGUGAAGACUAAGAGUCUUCCACCAGUCAAUUGGCAAGAUGAUCCCGCUCCGUUACUGUCUCAGAAUCAAUUUGUGCCUCCGGAACUGCCUGAAGAGGCUAUACAGGCUGGUCAAAGCCAACCUUUCAACCUUGAAAAUCUUUCCCCGGCGCAGAAUUCGACGUAUCAAGCAUGGAGGCCGCCCACUCCUCCUGAAGAUGCUGGAGAUUCGAUGGACUGGUCUCCGACCCAGCAGAUUUUUCGACCCGAAUUGAAGAAUAUUCGAUACCAGCCGACCAGCCCAAGUCCCUUUUACGGCAAGUUGCCAGCUCUUGACGCACGAGGGUUGCGCCCAACCGUGGGCCAAAAGGAACCAGAGACCAGAGAGGCCAUUGGGAUACCACCGGGUUUCUUCGAUCGGCCUGCAAGAUCAGCGAUACCCAGGCGUCAACAAGGCUCGCCUGGUGAGACUAUGGCUCCACCAAAGUUCUUUCCGAAGGAAGCAGAUACAGGACUGGAAAAUAUAUUUGGAUCGGUCUUUUCUCUCAAAGACCAAUCAAUAGACUCGCCAACGAAAUCAAGUCAGGGACCUUCGACAGCUGUCACUCGGACUGAUUCUACGCCUGGCUUCACAGCUCCGACUCAGCGAGCGUCCCUCUGUGCGAUAUUCAGCAGUCUGUCAUUCUUUGCGAUUUUGAUGUCGGUGGCGGUGUGGAUGUUCGAGGCAGCCAUUGUCACAGAAUCCUCGAGGUUCGGUUAUUACGUCGUUCUCUCGAGUACUUUUGUACCGAUCGGUCAUCUAUCACUCCAUCUAGCCGAGCACGGAGUACAGGGUCAAUUCUUGAGGCUACUCGCCUAUGCACUCGAAGCAAGCUUCCUGAUUGGGGUUUCUAUGCUUCGUGAGCCCUUCGGCCAACUUCUUCGGGACCUUUGGACGAAAUUGGCGAUUGCCUCUGUUGCUUUGUUGUUGCCCCAGGAGUUCUUGCAAAUGAACAAUUCAACCAACGACAACGAAUCGACGUUGUCGUACCGAGCCCCGUCGCACCUCACACAAGGUGCUCCACGCUCCACCAACCAACAGGACGCAUUCCCACGAAGGCCUUUGCUUGAUCGAAAAGAUUCAACCGAGUCAAUAGAGAGCAAGGCGUCCGUUGCAACAAGCUCUACAAUGCCAGAAUGGACUCCUCCGAGGUCCAGCAGACAACGGUUUGACGUUCCCGGACUGGGGGGAAGCACACCGCGACCUAAUAAAAGUCAACCCAGGCAUUCAGGGACGGCACAGUCGGAGAGGAGUAACCUCGGUAUCGACGGGUUAUCACUGACCGACCGUCCUCCAGUGACGGGGAGAGGAGGCUCUUCGAGGGGCUGGGACUUUCGAUCCACGGGAUCAAGUAUUGCAGGUCCCCGGACGGGAAGAGGGUAUUGA